UAACCUUAAUUAUUUUUGACUUAAGCUCUUAAUAAUAAACAACAUGACGUCUUAUCCCAAUCAAACUGGAAUGCAGAAUACUACAGUUGUCACAUCAAUGCCUAUGCACGCUGCUCCUAUGAUAGUACCAGCUGCACCUCGAAUGAAUAUUUCUGCAACUCGUGGUCUUGGUAUUACACAGAUUGUGAUUGGGUUUUUAACUAUUGCUCUUGGCAUUGGUGCCACAGCUGGUUUUAAAAAGGAUUACUGGUUGACAGAUAGUGGUGCUGGUAUAUGGGGUGGUUUGUGGAUUUCUGUAACUGGCAUCAUUGGAGUUUAUUCUGCUUCCAAUCCUGCUUCGGCAGGAUUAAAUGGAACCCAUAUGGCGUUUUGUAUCAUCUCCACUGUGGUUGCAUUUGUUGAUGGUAUCAUCUUUGCAGUUGGAUUAGGAAUCUACAACAACUGUCGAUAUAGACAUUAUUACAGUUAUCGUUACUCUUGUGAUGAUCACCGUAGUGCUGGUAUUGGUGUAUAUACUUCACUUGUGACUUUGAUGGCAGCUGAAUUUUUUGUGGCUAUUGUGGCUGCUGUAUACUGUUGCCAAGGUGGUUGUUGUGGUGGACCAGUUAGUCAAGGCGUUAUCAUUCAACAACAACCUCAAUACCUUGUCACGAGCUCACAUGGUCAAACUAUGAUGACAUCUGGAUAUCCUGCAAGUUCAGGAGUAAUGGUUGCUCCCCAAUAUGGCUAUCCACAACAGCAAAUGCAAGCUGCUGUUUAUCAACAACAGCAAAUGCAAGCUGGUGCUUAUCCUCAACAGCAAAUGGCAAUGCAGCCUGGUUUCCAAGCUCCUGUUGCUAACACUUCAGUUGCGUAUUCGAAUCAGUACCCUACACAGGAGACUAAAAAGGUGGCCCCUCCACCUCCAUACCAACAAUAAAUAUCAAUUGAUAAUCGACAGUUUCUUAUCUUAGAUAAACAAAUUUUCUGUAUAUUUUAAUAUUGGUUUUAUAUUUUAUUAUAAGUGGGGUAUCUUAAAUAAAAAUGAUAACAUUUUAGUAA